ACAACUAAGGUUCUGAUUGGUCAACAGCUUGCAAUCAGGUAGUAGAAGCACAAGCAAGACGAGCUUGCAGUAUACCUUACAGAUACUUUCCCUUCAUUCAUCGGUGUGUUUCUUCUCCAUACAGUAGUAUAUUGUCCAUCAUGGAGCCACCUCUGUUUCCCCGUGAGUCUGGGCAGUUCAUAGCAGAGCGGAGUCAGGAUGUGUUUGUGGAGGAGGAAGGAGUGCAAAAGGUGGCAGAGAUGCUCUACAACAUCCGACACAGUGACGAUCUGACCGCCAGUGGUUGGAAGAAGGCAAAUCCAUUGGCUCCAGCGCCCACCUCUGACCAGGCCUUAAACUGGGUGUUUGUGGUCGACACCAUGAACUUCUCCUUUUGGCCAGAUGAAGAAACUCAGCAGUGUGAGGUGACCUAUAAAGGAACCACGUACACAGGCUACAUGACCCUUUGUGCUGCCAUCACCAGGGCCAUGGAGGAAGGUAUACCCAUCACUGAUCCGAAGUACUUCUCUCAGAUGAGUGUGGAGGAGUUGGGACACGUCCUUCGAUCAGACAAUGAAACACCCAUGCCCAUGCUUCCAGAGCGUCACCAGGUGCUAACUGAAGGCGGCCGCGUGCUGCAGGAACACGGCGGAAGCUUCCGGAGUUUUAUCAGCCGAGCUGGGAACGACGCUCGGAAGAUGGUGGAACUCGUCGUGGAGAAGAUCCCUUCCUACAGGGACGAAGCAACAUAUGAGGGGAAGAGGAUCUCAUUCUACAAGCGAGCGCAGAUCCUGGUGGCAGAUUUUUGGGGCGUCAUGGAGGCCAGAGGAGAGGGUGACAUCAUUGACAUGGACUGGCUCACCAUGUUUGCAGACUACAGGGUCCCCCAGGCUCUCGUCUACCUCGGAGCACUACGAUACUCUGACGCACUGAUGCAGGCGCUGAACAAUGGCGAGCUGCUGAGUUCAGGAGACAGGAGAGAGGUUGAGAUCCGAGGUGGUUCGAUUUGGUCAGUGGAGCUGAUCAAAGACCACCUUUGCAAGCUGGUGCAGGAGAGAGACGGACAGACCUGCACCGUCAACUCGGCAGUCAUCGACUUCUACCUGUGGCCUUAUGCCAAGCAGCACCACAAAGAGAUGGCCCACAUUCCCAUACACCACACACGCUGUAUUUACUACUGACGAGCUGGCUGGCAGCAUUACAUACAGUAGGCAGCACUUCUCAGUGUGCAGCCUUGGCAUCGGUGCCUUUCCCUGGGAUAAAGCCAACCAUGUCUCAGUGCCAGAUAUAUGUACAAAUGAGCUUCUCUUUAGCUGUAAUGGAAACAGGUGUCAAGCUUGUUGGUCUAUGUGGGUAGCAGCACUGUUGUCCAUUCGCAGUCAAUUAAAAUGUUUACUGUUGUUGAUAUGGAACAUUUUCUAACAAACAUCUCGCUGUAAUGAAGAGCAGGUGAUAAUAUGCUGUAUGUGAGCAUACAAUGAUUGAAUGAUGUGAACAUACACAUUAACAACUGAAAAUAAAAAAUAAAAUAUUUUGAUUAGA